AUGGCAGACCGACAAGCAAAGCAAGCUGCAAGGCGCAUGAGGUUGGGGACCAAAUCUUGCGCCGAAUGCCGUCGACGAAAAGUAAAAUGCAUCUUUCCUCCAGAAAGCAGCAUUUGCCAAGGAUGUGCUUUACACAAUGUAGCAUGCACUGCUCAGCAACCAAGAUGUCAGGCACAAGACGAACCGGAGACGGACAAGACUGCCCUACAGCAGAGGGUUAAUGAACUUGAAGGUCUAGUCAAGAGCCUCGCAGAAUCGGUCCGCGUCGCGACGGCAAAUAACAGCGCAGAUGCCUCCGUGACCUCGAGCACGACCGAGGGCGGAUCGUCGUCCGCAACUCUACUGACUACAAGCCAUCCAGCCGAUUCGCCAUUCAUCAAUCUCUUUCGAGAUGCUAUGUUAAUCAGUAACUCAGAUGGGUACCUCCAGGAUACCGAUGGUAAACUGAAGAACUCUGCCGAGACUCCGAGUCCAUGCGGUGGCCUCCCGUCACAUCUCAGACCGCAUAUUCCUGACCAGGACACCAUUCGGGCCAUUAUACGCGCGACGCAAAAGUAUUGGUGCACAUGGCCACCUUGUUACUAUGGAACGGAACCUCACGAAUCGUUCCAAGUGAAUCGUGAUGGCGAAGGCGAAGACGUCCUUCUAAAACUCAUUUCCCAACAGCGACUCGAUGCCAGCUUCUGCAAGGCACUUCUAUGGUUGGCGCUCUGCAUUCAGCAGCUACCUGUGGAUUGUUUUCGCCGUUACCUUCCAAACACAUCCUCUAGACAAGAUGUAUUGUCUCCAUAUUUAGCCUUUUGUGGCAUUGUCCUGGCAGGCGAGGAGGAAGCAAACCUGGAUGCUGUCCAAUGCCACAUUCUGCGAUUCAAGCUGUACAUCAACAUGGGCAUGCCACAAAAAGCAUGGUCUUGUACCAGAAGUGCUGUUAGCACGGCCACAUUACUCGGGUUGAAUAGACUCGACUCAACCGCCAAAGAGUCACACAGAAUGAUUUGGUUGCUCUCAUGGGAAACUGAGCGCCAGCUCUCAUUAGUUCUGGGCUAUCCUUCGGCAGUCCAGACAACAACUACGACGCCAUUCGGAUCAUUGCCGAUGGGUCUCGAAGGCCCGACAGCAUACCGUAUUCUGUACUCGCUAGCCUUGGUGUACGGAGACGUGAUCAACAGAGACCAGAAUCCCACCAGUGUGUCUUACGCAGCAACGGUAAAAAUUGACCAAGAUGUAGGGGAGUUGCGCAAACUCUUUCCAGUUGAGUGGUGGGAUCCUGGAAACGUAGGCGAUUCCCUAGGAGAUUUCUACUACCAAGAAAUCACCAAGUUCCUAUUCUUUCUGCUGGUGAAACUGGUGCAUUUGCCAUACAUGCUCAAGUCAGUGCACGACAAACGAUACGAAUACAGUCGGCACGCUGCUUUGGACGCUGCGAGAGAACAAAUUCGAAGCUAUGUGCGAAUGAGAAACUUUCCAGGAGCAGAAAUACUCAUGUGUGAGCUCAUGGACUUUCAAGCCUUCAACGCCGGAAUGACCCUGAUCAUUGGAACGCUAUAUAUGCCAAACAGUGAUCCCACACCGCUUGAUAUAUUAAGCGAAGACGGUAGUUUGAUAGAGUCACUGAUUGCCAGCCUUCGACAAACUGCGUUGUUGCUGGAAUGCCGCGUCUCAGAACAAGGGGCUCGGGUACUCGAGCUGCUGACGGUGACUCGGCGGUUCGCCGAAGGCAGCAAAUUAGAGGUCUUGGUGCCGUACUUUGGGAAACUGACUAUCAACAUGCCAAUUUUGAAUCAUGAAGCUAGCAUCGCGGCAUCGUCAACAGGCUCUGCACCGUCUCCAAGUAUUGGGCAACCGUAUGGGCUUUCCAACCCAUGCACUCCACCUCCGGUUGAGUUUAGCACGAACGAAUUUAUAAGUGGUGCAUCGAUGCCAUUCAAACAGGGCGAUGAAUUGCAACAGGAGUGGUGUAGCGUCUUUGACCCAAAUGCUUGCUAUGAUUGGCAGCAAACAUGGACGAGAAUGCAAAUAGACUGA